GGGGUACCGGGGGGACCGGUUUACUUUUCAAUAGGCGAGGCGAGAUUCCAUUCCAUUCGUCCACCGGUUCCAGUCGAGUCGGACGGGAAAAAUGUCGAACCACGUGGCAUCACAGAAUGGUCAAGCAAAUGGCACAUCUAAAUUUUUUAACCUCAAGGAAUUGCCGCACAUCGUCAAAGUACUAGACAGAAAUCAAAAAUUCCAUCCUGACAUUCUACACGCUAUCGGUAACACUCCGCUGGUGAAGUUGACGAGAAUACCUAAGUCUGAAGGCAUAAAAUGUGAUAUGUAUGCAAAAUGCGAGUUUAUGAACCCAGGUGGGUCUGUGAAGGACCGCAUCGCUUACAGAAUGGUACUGGAUGCAGAGCAAAGAGGAGUGUUGAAGCCCGGCAAAUCUGUCAUUAUUGAGCCCACCUCUGGAAAUACUGGCAUUGGUCUAGCUUUGGCGGCUGCUGUUAAAGGUUACAGAUGUAUCAUAGUUCUGCCUGAAAAAAUGUCAGACGAGAAAGUGAAUACCCUGAGGGCUCUAGGAGCGGAGAUAGUGAGAACCCCCACUGAGGCACCCUCUGCCUCUCCCGAGAGUAACAUUGGUGUGGCUCACCGCAUGGCUUCAGAAAUACCUGAUGCUGUAGUACUGGAUCAGUACAACAACCCGUGCAACCCGUUGGCGCACUACGACGGCACGGCGGAGGAGAUCCUUUGGGCGCUGGACGACGCCGUGGACAUGGUGGUGAUGGGCGCCGGCACCAGCGGCACGGUGUCCGGCGUGGCGCACAAGCUCAAGGAGCGCUGCCCCGCCUGCACCGUCGUGGCCGUCGACCCCUACGGCUCCAUACUCGCGCAGCCUGAGGAGCUCAACCACAGCGACAUCGACAUGUAUGAGGUGGAAGGCAUCGGCUACGACUUCCUGCCGCGAACAUUGGACAGGACAGUCAUCGACAAAUGGGUCAAGUGCGACGACCAGAAGGCGCUGCCGAUGGCGAGGCGGCUCAUUCAGGAGGAAGGCUUGCUUUGCGGCGGCAGCAGCGGCUCAGCCAUGUGGGGCGCUCUGCAGGCGGCCAAGAGCCUCAAGGAGGGCCAGAAAUGCGUGGUGCUGCUCCCAGACAACAUCCGCAACUACAUGACCAAACACAUCUCCGACCCGUGGAUGGAGGCGCGCCAGUUCAAGCCCGUGCCUACCAACGAUAAGCUUUGGUGGUGGGACUCGAUAGUGGAGCCCUCCUUAGCGACGCCGGUAUCCAGCGUGCCCCUGCGCAGCACGCCGGCGCAAGCUCUAUCCGCGCUCACCCCCUCCGUGCCCCUCGUUACUGUCGUUAAAGGUGACGGUUCCGUGGCCGGCGUGUUCACGGCAGAUGACGCGAGACGGCGCCUCGCUAACCUGUCGGGCUCCACGUCGGAAGGACUCGAGAAAUUCCUAGUGAAGAAGUAUUACAAAGUAGACCUUGCGAAGAAACCGACGUUGGGACUAGUGUCGCGCAUGCUGGACAUUGCGCCAUAUGUUGUGGUUGUUAAAACAGACGCGUCAUCACACAGCCAGCAGGCGGUCGGUGUCAUCACGUCCAACAACCUGCUCGCACACAUCACGGACAAAGCGAAAAUGAAAAACGGCAUAAACUAAUACUAGGAACCUAAAUAAAUACUAGUUAAGUGCAACAUAUAAUAAAGAUAAAAAUGUUUAACUUGA